AGCGAACCAGCGAGAAUAAUUAGUAGAACAUUGUUGUUAGUGCACGCGGCAAGUGGCGGCCAAAACUAAAUUUUAAUUUUGUGAUAUCAUUGUAGUUUGCAGCAAGUUAAAGUGAAAAUUUGAGUUGAUUGUUUAGGCAUUAUGACCUCAGUUGUCACUGGAACUUCUACAGAUAAAUUAAGACCAAAAAAUGUGUUUUCUUACUUGUGGACAGAAAUUGACGCCCGCAAAGAUUCUAAUACAAUAGCAUCAGCUUUGCAACAUGCUCUAAAGAAUUUUGAUCCCAGCAAAGAAACAGUACGUUUGUUCGCUGAUGGUUGCGGCGGACAAAACAAAAAUGCGAAUAUGAUGGCAAUGUUGGCUUACUGGCUCCUAGAAGAAUCGCCGAAACAUAUUAAACAAAUUGAAUUGAUUUUUCCGAUCGUCGGUCAUUCCUUUAUUCCGCCUGAUCGCAUUUUCGGCCUUAUAGGAAAAGACAUUAAAAAAAUGCCUGUUAUCGUGGAAAUUAGUGACUACGAUGAUUUAAUUAGAAAGCAUUCUACUAUAUGGAAAAUCGGUAUCGAUUGGGAUGUGUUUGAUUGGAGAACACAAGCAAAACAAGUUAUUAAGCUGCCUAGUUCAUGGCACUUUGAAUUCAAUAAGGCAAAGCGGUUUAUUUUUUACAGAAAAGACAAAAAUGUUCUAGUUAAAGAAUACAUUGAAGUUAGACUACUUACCAUUAUAAAAUAUUAUUUUCUGGUCGAGUUAAUCAAUUUCCUCGCAAAAUUGACCAGCGCUGAACCAGAAUCAACUGACAGCGCGAAAAACACGGAAGAAAAGGAAAAUCACAAAACAUACAUUGACGAAUGCGAAUGA